AUGAGUGCACAAGCAAAGUCGGCGCCAAUCGGCCCCUGGGCCCGGGCCACCGCCGGAGCCACCGGUGCCGUGCUGGCCAACGCCCUCGUUUACCCGCUCGAUAUCGUCAAGACACGCCUGCAAGUCCAGGUUAAACCAAAGACUGGCGAAACCCCGGCCCCGGGCAGCGAACCGCACUACAACUCGACAUGGGACGCCAUAACAAAGAUAAUGGAGCAGGACGGUCUGGGCGGCCUCUACGCCGGCAUGGGCGGCUCUCUCAUCGGCGUCGCGUCGACAAAUUUUGCCUACUUUUACUGGUACUCGGUCGUUAGGUCUCUGUACUUCAAGUCCGUCUCCAAGACGGGCAUAGCACCCUCGGCACCAUCCACCGCCGUGGAAUUGUCGCUCGGCGCCAUUGCCGGUGCUGUCGCACAACUCUGCACCAUCCCUGUUGCCGUCGUAACCACGCGACAACAGACUCAGAGCAAGGAGGAGCGCAAGGGGUUAUUGGACACAGCAAAGGAUGUCAUCGAGAGCGAAGACGGCGUGUUUGGGCUCUGGCGGGGUCUGAAGGCGAGUUUGGUACUGGUGGUUAACCCUGCUAUCACCUAUGGUGCUUAUGAGCGCCUGAAGGUUCUCUUCUUUCCCGGAAAGAGUAACCUGAAGCCUUGGGAGGCUUUCGUCCUCGGAGCUAUGUCAAAGUCUCUGGCCACGAUUGCAACCCAACCCCUCAUCGUUGCCAAGGUCGGUCUACAGUCUAAGCCGCCUGCGUCGAGGAAAGGCAAGCCCUUCAAGAGUUUUGUCGAGGUCAUGCGCUUCAUUAUCGACAAUGACGGGCCAACAGGCUUGUUUAAGGGUAUUGGACCGCAAAUUCUGAAGGGCCUGCUCGUUCAGGGCUUCCUCAUGAUGACCAAGGAGAGAGUGGAGCUUCUUUUCAUCCUAUUCUUGCGCUAUAUUCAAACCGCCAGGUCAAAACAGCUGUACAGCGCUGCGGAUCUGGCCUCAAAGGCGACAUCUGCGGCCAGUGGUGCGGCAAGCAAGGUCUCGCCCCUGGUUACAAAGUAA